GAACUUUUUGGCAUCAGUGAAGGUAAGGUAACAUUAGCGGGACGUGGGUGGAAAAUAAGGGGUUGGUCCAGCCAGGGUUCGGGUUCUGUAGUGCGAUUCGCAGAUUUGCAAGUCUUACGCUACAAGGUAUUCUUGUGCUUGGGAACCACGAGUUCUCCGGUCUCAGUCACGGGUUCGGGCUUGAGGCCGCUUAACGCUUGGCAGAAGAAUCAUCAUUAGCCAGCGGGCUGGUGCUAUUACACCGCACCAGGUGGGAUGAUCCAGCCUCCGACCUGAUCAUGCUCGACUGCACGUUGUUGUCCGCCAUCCCAGAAGCAGCACGCGGAAUCGUCGAGGCCAAAGUCAACGACUUCAAGGAGAUCAGCCAGUGGACGGCCCAACGCCACGGCGCAGUUCACGAUGAUGAAGUCGCACUGCUGCGGGAGCAGGUCAAGCAGGUUACAAGCAGCCUGAUAAAAAGACGCCUUCUUAUCGCCACACACCACGCUCCCUGCAUCGAGAGCACCUUCCGUCAAGAACAUGACAGCAACCCAUGGGUGACCGCCUUCGCAACGGAGCUGGUGAAUCAACACGGAGGGAAGGGUGUCAAGACGUGGGUGUUUGGCCACACACAUUACUCGGCCAGUUCUUGCGCAGCGGCAUCAGGCUGAUGUCCAACGGGGGGGGUAAUGUCUUCCGGGCGGAGCGCAGAGGGAAGCGAGGAAGGUUGGGCUUGGUUUUGACGCUGGUCUGACCAUUUCCGUAUAAUGACUGACAGCGCGUGGCCGAAACGUGCUGUGAUAGGAGAGUGUGAUGUUUCGGUCGGAGUCGCGGGUCGUCGGAAUUCCAUUUGGUCACAGGGUGCAUGAGGCCAUGGGAAUGUUCGAGGUCCAGGACACGCACUAAGCGAAGUCGUUACUGUCCGCCGCGGGCGUUUCGAAUGUCGGCAGACUCGUAGCCCGCGGCUGGGCUGCUAUCGGCAACACAUCGCUUGCAGGGUCUUCGCCGGUGUACUCCGUCAGGCAUGUAGCUUGAUUUGAGUUUCCCGCUGGGUUUGGAGGGACGGUAGGGUAAUGGACGCCAGGAGCUGUAUCAAGCGCGUCCUGUCUAAUCUCCCGUUGUCCGUCGUUUGCGGUGUGUGUGUCGGUGCGGGAUCGGAAU